AUGAACAAGAAUGUAGCUUUAGACACGUUUUAUGAAAUCACCCUAAAGCUUAGUGCCACCAAAACUUGUACAUCCAAUAUCAUGUUUACUGAAUUGGUUGGGUUACAAGUUGAGAUUGAAAGAAAAAUUAAAGAUGAGGGGGAUGAAACUUUGCAAAAGGCCCUAGAUGGAAGCUUGCCUUUCCCUAGAUGGAAGCUUGCCUUUCUCAAGAUUAGCCUCCAGAACUUGGGUCCUCUACAAAUACUAGAUGAGGGGGAUGAGGACGGUUUGGAAGAUGAGCUUGAUGGUGAUGAUGCUCAUUCUCAAAUGUUGAGAGAGAUGUUGCUUCAAAGGAAGGAGGAACAACAAAUGGAGAUCUCUAAUGAAGUUGAUAAAUACUUUGCCAAUCCAUUUGAAAACCCAAGGAACAAAAACUUCAACCUUUUGGAUUGGUGGAAAAGGAAUCAAUCAAUAUAUCCAAUCCUUUCCAAGGUUGCUAAGGAUAUAUUUGCAAUCCCUUCCUCUACGGUUGAUAGUGAGAAUGCCUUUAGUCUAGGCAAAAAGAUUGUGGAUCCUUUUAGAAGCUCAUUGACUCCAAAAAUGGUAGAGGUAUUAGUGUGUACUCAUGAUUGGCUUAGGGUGUACAAAUUUAACUUAUACAAGGAACCAAUGGAUGAGGAAAUUGCUUUUUAUAUGAAACUUGAAGAAAUUCAAGCAAGUAAGAGCAUCCACAGUGGGGGGGUGUAUAUAGAGGUAUAUGUUAAAUAUACACCUCGAGUCACCGGAAUCGUCUCCAAUGGAGAGGUGUAA